GAGAGAUAACCAUUGCUAUAGAAACUGAGAAAAUACAAUGAAUAAGCUCAUUCCAAUAAGUGAUUUUAAGGGAAGAUUAAGAAUUAAUUAAGAAUGGAUUCACGAGUGUGUCAGAUAUAUUAGGACACAGGUUUUCACUUCUUCUUGCAGUAGUAGUAUUAUUCUUCUUCCAAUGGGUAGAACCAUAAGGUGGUUCAAGAGUUUUUUUGGGAUAAAGAAAGAUAGAGAUAAUCCAAAUUCGAAUUCUUCGAAAUGGAAUCCUCCUCUUGAAACAUUCUCGAAGAGAGAUUCAAGAGGUUUGUGUCAUAAUCCAGCAACUAUACCACCUAACAUUUCACCUGCAGAAGCUGCUUGGGUUCAAUCGUUCUAUUCAGAAUCCGAGAAGGAGCAAAACAAGCACGCCAUUGCUGUUGCAGCUGCCACAGCAGCAGCUGCAGAUGCUGCUGUGGCAGCUGCUCAGGCUGCCGUGGCUGUUGUCAGACUAACCAGCCACGGCAGAGAUACCAUGUUUGGAGGCAGACACCAGAAAUUCGCUGCUGUCAAGAUUCAAACCACAUUUAGGGGAUACUUGGCAAGAAAAGCACUGAGAGCCUUAAAGGGUUUGGUAAAGUUACAAGCACUGGUGAGAGGGUACUUAGUAAGGAAGCAAGCAACAGCAACACUUCACAGUAUGCAAGCUCUGAUUAGAGCACAAGCAACCGUAAGAUCUCAUAAAUCUCGCGGUCUCGUCAUGAACACGAAGAAUGAAACGCAUAACAGAUUUCCAGCACAAGCAAGAAGAUCCACGGAAAAGUACAAUCACAAUGAGAGUAAUAGGAAUGAGUACACAUCUUCAACUCCGGUCCACAGUAGAAGAUUAUCAUCUUCUUUUGAUGCUACUGUGAACAACAACGGCAACAACAACAAUAACAACAACAGUUAUGAUAUUGGAAGUCCGAAAAUAGUAGAAAUCGAUACUGGAAGACCGAAAUCAAGGUCUAGAAGAAGCAACACAUCAAUUUCCGAUUUUGGCGAAGACCAGUCAUUUCAAACACCUUCAUCUCCACAUCCAAUUAUCCCAUCUCAGUUAUUCAUUCCAAGUCAAAGGAAUUUCAGUGAAUCAGAUUGGGGAAUAACAGGUGAAGAAUGCAGGUUUUCGACUGCGCAAAGCACUCCGCGUUUCACAAGUUCAUGUAGUUGUGGAUUUGUGGCACCCUCUACACCUAAAACAGUUUGUGGAGAUAGUUUCUACAUUGGUGAAUAUGGUAACUAUCCUAAUUACAUGGCUAAUACACAGUCUUUUAAGGCGAAAUUGAGGUCUCAUAGUGCUCCAAAGCAAAGACCGGAACCGGGUCCAAAGAAGAGGCUUACAUUGAAUGAACUUAUGGAAUCUAGAAACAGUUUGAGUGGAGUUAGAAUGCAAAGAUCUUGUUCACAGAUUCAGGAUGCUAUUAAUUUUAAGAAUGCUGUUAUGAGUAAAUUAGAUAAGUCCUCUGAUUUUGAUAGAAACUACUCCAACCAAAGGAGGUGGUAAUGUAGUGUUGUGUCCGGUAUCUGUAUCGGUGUAUGCAGAGUCUACACGUGUCGUGUCUGAUAUCUAUAUCAGUGUCUGCAGAGAGUCUACAUAUAAUUGAUUAGUGAAUGGUUAAGUCAAAGACAAAAUUGAAGGAUUAUAACAAAGAUGAUAAGAAGGUCCUUAUUGUAAGAGUCAUUUAAUUGAAUCAUGUGUUUAUAUUUUGUUUUGGCAAUAGUUAUGUUUCUUGUAUUUGUUUAGUAUAGUUAAACUUGUUUUAUUUGAGUUGAAAGAAAAUGUUUACUCUAAAAAGUGAA